UCUCUGCUUCUUCAAUUGUAAUCUCUGUUCAGCGUUCACCACCCUUUCCUUUUUUCUAUAUUGCAGUGCAGAUUACAGGAUGGCAGACCAAUCUAUAAAGAACCCAGAAUCAAUUUAUGACUUCACUGUUAAGGAUGCCAGUGGCCAUGAUGUAGAUCUUAGCACAUACAAAGGAAAAGUCCUACUCAUAGUCAAUGUUGCUUCAAAAUGUGGAAUGACCAACUCAAAUUACACAGAACUGAAUCAAUUACAUGAGAAGUACAAAAAUCAAGGCCUAGAGAUUCUGGCAUUUCCAUGCAAUCAAUUUGGGGAGGAGGAACCAGGCAGUAAUGAUCAGAUUAUGGAGUUUGUCUGCACUCGCUUUAAAUCAGAAUUUCCUAUCUUUGAUAAGAUUGAUGUAAAUGGUGAGUAUGCUUUUCCACUGUACACGUUCUUAAAGAAGGGUAAAUGGGGUAUUUUUGGGGAUGAUAUUCAGUGGAACUUUGCCAAGUUCCUGGUGGAUAAAAAUGGUCAAGUUGUUGAUCGUUACUACCCGACAACUUCUCCUCUUAGUCUUGAGCAUGACAUUAAGAAGCUGUUGGGCAUUUCAUAAAUACUGAGAUGAAGACCAUCAGGAUUGUAGCAAAAUUUAAUAACCUGAUGGUUUCUUGCCUUUUGUACAUGUUUGUGUGUGUUCAAGAUUGGUGAGAAGUAAUGUCGCAUGAUUCAGACUCACGUUUGUAUUUAUUCUAAAAUCAAGUUAAAUACUCUUCUAGUAUUUUAGUUUGGAUUGUGCACUGUGACCAAUGUUUUCUUAUGUUAUGAAGA